GCGUGUGUAUGAUUUUAACUGGUCGCCCGUCGCUUUGAUGCCAAUGACGAUUGACGUGCACACCGGUGUAUAUUCUCAAAAUAUUAUUCUGCAUGAAAUUAUUUAAAACUAUUUAUUUUAUAAAUAAAUUAUCAAUAAUAUUAGUUGACCAAUUAAAUAAUAAAUAAUCAAGAUGAAUCAAGGUCUAUUUGAUGAUGUCAAAAGGAUGAAUAAACGUCAGUUUUUAUAUCAAAUGCUGAGCUUUGGUAUGAUUGUGUCAUCAGCCCUUAUGAUAUGGAAAGGUUUGAUGGUUGCAACUGGAAGCGAAAGUCCAAUUGUCGUUGUACUUAGUGGUAGUAUGGAACCAGCAUUCCAUCGUGGUGAUUUACUAUUUUUAACAAAUUAUCAAGACGAACCAAUAAGAGUUGGUGAAAUUGUUGUUUUUAAAGUUGAAGGACGUGACAUUCCAAUUGUUCAUAGAGUACUAAAACUACAUGAAAAAGAUAGUACAAAAAACAGCACUGUUAAAUUUUUAACAAAAGGUGAUAAUAAUUCAGUUGAUGAUAGAGGUCUAUAUGCACCAGGUCAACUUUGGUUAACUCACAAAGAUGUUGUAGGACGUGCUCGUGGUUUUCUACCCUAUGUUGGCAUGGUCACUAUUUACAUGAAUGAAUAUCCAAAAUUAAAAUAUGCAGUGUUAGCAGCACUUGGUCUUUAUGUUUUGAUACAUCGAGAAUAAGCAUAGAUAGAUAUAAUCUAGACUUGAAAAAAUACAAAAUUUAAUGUUUUUUUUUUUUUUUCAUUAUUAAACACAAAAUAUUGCACACAUAAAAUAAUUUUUAAAAAGAAACAAUUAUUAUUUUACUUUUCUUUUUGUUAAUAUACAAGUUUAUCCUACAGACAUAGAGACAAAAUGAAAAUUGCAUUUAAUUUUUAUUAUGAGAUUUUACAAU